UUUUUUUAUUUUGAAAUUGGAUGAACGCUGAUAAGAACAGCCAUGGAAUUGCCACAGAGGGAUUUGUGUACAUAAAGCAGAGCAGGAGCAGAGGCUGCUGAGGAGCAGCCCUGGGCACGAGGAAAGAAAAUCUUUUCACAUUGCUCCAGGCUGCGGCCGGACGCGGGUGCUGGGCCCGGCCUCCCCCCGAGCCGCUGUUCUGGCACGGGGUAACGGGUCUGUCCCGCGGCCUCGCUCAUCCCCUAUUUCUCCAAGGCGUAUCUGUAAAUUCCCGAUGCACAGGGGGAUGUGUCAGUUUAGUUAAUGAUCUGCCAGGCGCUCGGUCGCGUGUCAGGCCCGUCCGGCGGUGUGCGGCCGGAGCCCGCGGCUCAGCGCGGGGCAGGAGGUCACGGGCCGUGCCGGGGCAGCGCUGCCCGCCGGGCCCCCCUCGGGCGAAGGCGCCCGGGGCCGGGCCCGCUCGGCGGGGCCCCACCGGCCCCGGCCCCGCCGGGUCACGCCGCGGCCUCGGGUCCCGGGCCCGCGCACCUGCCGGGCCCGCCCCGCUCCGCCGCCCGGCCUGGCGGAGCAGCCGAAGGGCACCGCUCGGCCCCCGCCCGCCCCGCGCUGCCUCCCCGUCGCAGCGCGGAGCCGGCGGCCGCCCGCCCCCGCCGCCGCCCUCGCACGUGUGCCGGGGAAGGCGCUCGGUGCCGCCCGGGCGGCGCUUCCCCCCGCUCCCCGUCGCCUCCCCCUCCUCCGCAGCGGGAGCGAGAGCAGCCUCCGCCCGGCAGCGCCGGGGCCGCUCGCCGCCGUGCCGCCCCGCCAGGACGUCGCCGCCGCCGAUGGCCGCCCCGCUGCCCGGUGCGCCCGGCGCAGGGCGGGCGGCGGAGCCCGCUGGCGGCGGCCCCCGCGGCUGCCCCCGCCCGCCCCCCCGGCCCCCCGGGGGGGACCCGCCGCCCUCGCCCCCCGACAGGAGAAAAAAGAAAGGUGACAGUAUUUUGGAGAACCCAUCGAUUCCAAAUCCUUUUCCCGAGCUGUGUUGCUCGCCGUUUGCAUCAGUUUUGUCAGCCAGUCUGUUGCCCAAGGCAACUUCAAGAAAAAAGCAGGUGAUCAAAGUGUAUAGUGAAGAUGAUACUAGCAGAGCUUUGGAAGUCCCAAGUGAUAUAACAGCCAGAGAUGUGUGCCAGCUCUUGAUACUGAAGAACCACUAUGUUGAUGACCACAGCUGGACUCUCUUUGAGCAACUUACCCACACAGGUUUAGGAAGAGCUAUAGAAGACCAUGAAUUAGUGAUGGAAGUCCAGUCAAAUUGGGUAAUGGAAGAGGAAACCAAACUGUAUUUUAGAAAAAAUUAUGCAAAGUAUGAGUUUUUUAAAAAUCCACUGAGCUUUUUUCCAGAUCAUAUGAUAUCUUUUCCAAGUGAGACCAAUGCAGCUCUAAGCCACUCUGGGAUAUUACAGAUGUUCCUUAGCUCCAGCACAUACCCUGAGAUUCAUGGUUAUUUGCAUGCAAAGGAGCAGGGGAAAAAAUCAUGGAAAAAACUGUACUUUCUUUUGAGAAGAUCUGGCCUUUAUUUUUCCACUAAAGGUACAUCUAAGGAGCCAAGGCAUCUGCAGUUUUUCUGUGAAUUCAGCAAUAGUGAUAUGUACAUGUCUUUAACAGGCAAAAAGACUUCUGGAGCACCAACAAACUAUGGAUUCUGCUUUAAGCCUAACAAAUCAGGAGGAACCAGAGACCUGAAACAGCUCUGUGCAGAUGAUGAACAAAGUAGGACCUGCUGGAUGACAGCAAUUAGGUUACUCAAGUAUGGGAUGCAGCUGUAUCAGAAUUACAUGCAACCAUAUCAAGGUAGAAGUGGCUGCAGCCCUUUGAAUAUAACACCUAUGAGAAGCAUUUCAGAAAAUUCUUUAGUAGCAAUGGAUUUCUCAGGACACAGAAGCAGAAUUAUAGAAAAUCCAACAGAAGCCCUUUCAGUUGCAGUUGAAGAAGGAUUAGCAUGGCGGAGGAGAGGAUGUCUCCGGCUCAACUCACAUGGUAGCCCCAUUGCCAUGUCUAACAUGGCUAUACACAGAUCUCAGUCAUGGUUUCAUCAUAAAAUCUCUAGAGAAGAGGCUCAGAGACUUAUUUUGCAGCAUGGACUUGUAGAUGGGGUAUUCCUGGUACGCGAUAGCCAAAGUAACCCCAAAACAUUUGUAUUGUCACUGAGUCAUGGAUUAAAAAUAAAACAUUUUCAAAUUGUACCACUGGAAGAUGAUGGGAAGCUAUUCUAUACCCUUGAUGAUGGCCACACCAGAUUUACUGAUCUCAUCCAGCUAGUGGAAUUCUAUCAACUUAAUAAAGGAGUACUGCCUUGCAAGUUAAAACACUAUUGUGCACGGAUCGCUCUUUAACCAAAGCAUUUGUUAUUUCAUCAGAGGGAAAGGAAGAUAUUAGUAUACUUUUUCCCCUAAACGCAAUUUGUAUUGCAAAAAGGGGAAAAAAUGACAUUGUAAAGAUUAUAUGUUUAAGCUGAAAAAAAAAAAAUUUUGGUGUAGAUAAGAACUUUGCUUUGUGAUUGUCACGGCAAAAUUAACAAUGGUUUUGAAAAACCAUUCUUUCCAGUGUAAUUCUUUAGUGUUGUCUUGGACUUUCUGGGUUUUCUUUUCAACUGAAAGCAGUUUUGAAAAAUAUUGUGUAACUCCUAAAAAUAUAACUGAAGGAAGAUCUUUGUUCUUAGGUUUAAAAUUAACUUUUUUCUCUGUAAAUGUUUCUCAUAAUUUCUGUUCAUCACAUAAAAGAAUAACAUUUACUGUGGCAAGGAUAAGGAGUUGAACUGCACAUUUUAUUUGUAAAUAAAAUGAAUAAAUAUUUUGCACUAUAUUUUUGAAUGCUACUUUGAGGAUUGUCAUAUCCAAAAAGUGAAAAAUCAUUAAAACCACUUAAAACUG